CGGACCGCAUGCAAACCAGCGCAAACGGACGAAAACGGUAUGCCUCGUCCGGAAACACUGCGCGGACAGGGGCGUUAACAAACAAGAUGGAAGCGCGCAGCGCGAGGAUCCUUGGCGGCCGUCCGCUGGAGCCCGUUCUCGCCGACAUGCGAGUGCUGAACAAGCUCAGCGACGACCAGUUCGCCGAGUUAACAGACCUGGCCCUCCGCUUCCUCGUCAGCAAGGACUGGGCCGCGCUCGCCGAAGCCGUGGACGCUUUCGCGGCGCGCCACGGCGCCAACGCCGCCCUGCUGCGUCCCUGCUCCAAGUCCCUGGUCCUGCUGGCGGCCGAAGCGCUUCGUCAGAACCUCGGCUCUGCCCAGGUACGGCGCGACUUGGGCUCCCUGUCCCUGGACGCCGCCAAAGCAGCGACACUCGCCGAGCGUUGGGCGGCCGCGUACUCGUCCCGCGGAGCGCGCCCGAACCAGCUGCUGGACGCCCAGUGGAAAUUCGGACUCACCGUGGCGAGUUCGGAGCACGAGCUCAAGAGCAGCUUCGUGCAGCUGAAGCUGUGCAUCGAAGAUCGCAGCGCCGGAGACGCGCCGAGGGACGUUCACGUCGAAAUGAGUCUGCCGCAAUUCUACUCGCUCUGCCACGAAAUGGAGCAAGCCAAGCGGACGCUGCAGAGCUUGCACGGGUCCUAGGUCGCCUCGCGCGCCGCCCAAAGAGUACGUUGAGUACGUGGUACUCGUGUCACGCGGAGUCGUCGGUUUCCGGGGAGGUGCCCACUGCCUUGUCAUCUAAGGAAUAGGCGCCGUUCUUUUAUACCUUCGAAAAUGCUGUCUAAGCAAGCACCAGAGACCUCGAAUAAAGACCCGUGUUUCGUUCCAAUA